AUGUCUUCUCCAAGGGCGCUAUUCGUUGUUGAUAUCCAAAACGAACUUAUAGCCGAUCCUGACACCUGCAUUCCUAAUUCUAAGCAGGUUAUCAAGGCAACGGAAGAAAUCCUUAAGGUUUCUAGGUUGAUCCUUGACUCCUAUGAAGGCAGUAACAGCCCACCACCCUGGCUUAUUGUUUUCGUCCAGCAUGAGGAGUUUCCGCCCGAGGGAACUAUGUUGAGGGGCAGUAAGUCUUGGGAGCUGUUUUUCCCUCCUCGAUCAAACCGGCAGGACGAGAUAUUAGUGGCGAAGAGCACAGGAGAUACUUUCAAGUCAAAUCACGAUCUCGUACAGAAGCUCCGCAACAGAAACAUCACCGAGAUUGUCAUGUUCGGUCUCCAGAGUGAGGGCUGCGUGGAGGCGACGUGCACAGGGGCGCUAGCCGCUGGAUUUGGUGUGACCGUACUCUCCGGUGCACAUUCGACCUAUGACAGCGAUGGGAAAACGGCUGUGGAAAUUGAGCGUGAGGUUGAGCACCGUCUGUUCACACGUGGCGCUCGCAUCGUUCCUGGGAAGAGGAAAUAUCCACAUGGGGGAGCGCUUGAGUAUGGCACGGUUAGCAGCCAUGGAUCGCUACUGCGAUAA